AUGAUGACGCUGAUGAUGAUCAGGACCUUGGUCGGCCACGAGGCCGGCCAAUUGCCAGCGCGCCGACUCCCUGCAGCGGCCACGUGGGACUGCAAAGGAGCGGGAAUGCAGGCAAGCUCGGCGAGCCAGAAGGCAGCACCACUGUCGCCCAAACCCGCAGCCCACGCCGAUGCGACCCCUGCCAGCAGCGGCGAAGACGAGGCCACGAGGGGCCCCCCGUGCACGCCGGAGGAGCGUCCAGACAGCAAGCUGCACCAAGCAUGGGGCGACGCCCACCCUGCGCACGAAAAGCUCACGGCGAGCACGAUUCUGAGGAGCAGCCCGGCCGCCGGAUCGAACCAGAAAACAUCGUUCGUUUCGUCUGCACUGCUUCAGGGGAGCGUCUGGAGCCAGAGAUGCAUCAAGGAAAAGUCAGCCAGAACGAUUGGGCGACACAUGCGCGUGAAAAGGUGCCACCUGUAGCCACGACGGCUCGGCAUGGCCUGUCCGAGAGGCGCCUGCUCGCUCAGACUCACGAGUUGCACGGGCCCCUGUUCGGCCAUCGCAAUCAUCCCCCUGCCGACUCUCAUGGCCCAAGACACAGCCUCACUCUGAGCCCCUCGGUGCACCUGCUCACGGGCGCCGGCUGCAAGCGCCGCC